AUGCUCUACCUCACCCCAACCUUAAUUCAGGCCAUCAAUGCAGCUCAAGUAGACCAAUUAACACAAGUGACACAGUUCGUGCUUUCCUCAUUUCAAGGCAAUAAUAAUAAUAAUAAUAAUAAUAAUAAUAAUAAUAAUAAUAAUAAUACAUUUAACCCAUCAUCAUCAUCAACGACAACAACAAAAACAGAAUCAACAAGAACAGACACACCAGAGAUGUUGGAUGCUGUUGCAUGCCUUUAUUCUGAGGCUGUUCGAUUUCAAUAUGAUGCGGUUACAUUUCGUGAGGCACUUCUCUCUCUACCCAUACAAAACCAAAAGGCCAUUGUGCUUUCUGAUGCCUUUGAGGGAGCUGUGGAUGCGCUGCAGAAAAACAACAUGAGUGUACAAACACAUCCCUCAUUCUUGCCUCAAUUAACAGGUCUCUCGUGGUCUUUAUCGCAUGAGUUAGGGGAUCGUACACGUACUCCCAUAACACCAUCGAAACCUCUUUUUGAGUUUCAGUUCACUGGCAACGGCUGUAAUAUAAAGAAGAAGAAGACGGCCGCCAAUGAGGGAGUGGAGUGUGAAGAGAAGGAAGAACAACUGGCGACGGUCGCUUGUACACCCGCACAAGCGGAAGACUUAUUGGUGACACUGAAAGAAAUGAUUGCGGAGGCAAAACGUCUUGCCCAGUGA